UGACCCCUCGUCCAUUCUGAUUGUAUAACUGUAAUGUAUCUGUUAUCUCUGGAUAUGUAUAUUUUCUGAUUUGAUUUUAGUCUUCACAUCUUUCAUAAAUCCCAGUCUCCCUGAGCUUAAAUCCUAACCCCCCCCCCCCCGCUCCAGGGAGAGAGAAGCCCCCACUGUCCUUUGUUGUAUUCAGCCAACUCCUCCCACCCCAACUGUCACAUCUGACACUGACUGCCCCUCUGAUUCCGACUAGUGAGCAGGAAAUCUUUUGUCUAUCGUUUCACUAGAAGUCGGACAUUCCCCUCCCUGGCAGUACAAAUAGGUGAGCGGAGCUCUGGGCUGAAACAGAAGCAGCCGGAUCCUGAUAAACUGCUUCAGUGAAAGGAUGCACCAGCCUUUAAAAGAGGUACUAGUCUGUGGAACCAACGGUCUUGAAAAUUCCAACCAAGAACCAAGGGCGGAGAAAUUGCCCAUGAGGAUGUGCAACGAAACAUGCCAUGCGUUGAAUAUCCUGCAGAGUUUAAAUAUUUACAGAAAAACAGGGGUGUUUACAGACAUUGUCCUUGUUGUUGAAGGAAAGGAUUACCCCUGCCAUAAAGCAAUCCUGUCUUCCUGCAGUUCCUAUUUCAGAGCCAUGUUUGGUGGCCACCUCAAAGAGAGUCAACUUGACAUGGUGGAGAUCCAGAAGAUACCCUCACCAGUCAUGGACAUUCUUUUGGAAUACAUGUAUGGAGGGAGCCUACUGAUUGAAGAGGACAAUGUGGUGGGGAUCCUGGAAGCCUCGGACUUGUUCCACAUGAAAACUUUACGAGAUGCCUGUGUGAAAUUCCUGGAGAACCAACUUCAUCCUUGCAACUGCGUGGGCAUCAGGAAGUUUGCAGAUUCCUUUGCCAUUUCGGAUUUGUCUGAAAAGAGCAAGAAGCUCAUACUGGAAGGCUUUGCUGAGGUGUCUUGCCACGAGGAGUUCUUGGACUUAAGCAAAGAGGAGCUUGUGGAGUAUCUGUCCAAUGAACAUCUAGUGGUAAGAAAGGAAGAAGAAGUCUUUGAGGCCAUUAUGAAAUGGGUGAAUAAAAACAGCUUAGUCAGAUCCAAACACUUAAAGGAUCUUUUGGAACUUGUGAAACUGCCAUUGCUUGACCCGGCUUAUUUCCUGGAGAAGGUAGAAAUGGACAAGACUAUUCAAGGGUGCACUGAAUGUUUUCCUUUGCUGCACGAGGCUCGAUUGUACUACAUCCUCGGAAAUCAAGUCAACCCUCUCAGACUCACUCCAAGAAGGUUCACGGAUCUCUCAGAAGUGAUAGUUAUAAUUGGCGGCUGUGAUAAAAAUGGCCUCUUGAAGUUACCCCUUACUGAUACCUACCACCCAAAUGGGGGUCGUUGGAAGGCUCUAGCCAGUAUGCCGGGAUAUGCAAAGUCAGAGUUUGCUGCCUGUAUGUUAAAGAAUAACGUUUAUGUUUCAGGGGGGGAGAUCAAUAGUAGCGACGUGUGGAUGCUCAACACACAACUAAAUAGCUGGGUCCGGAUUGCCUCGCUGAACAAGGGCCGAUGGAGACAUAAAAUGGUCACUCUGAAAGGAGAGAUUUGUGCCGUGGGUGGCUUUGACGGCAUGCAGAGGUUGUCCUCAGUAGAAUGCUACAACACCUUCUCAAACACUUGGAAAGUUGUGCCCCCAAUGUUGGAAGCUGUUAGCUCUGCUGCUGUUGUGACCUGCAUGAACAAGAUCUAUGUGAUUGGUGGAGCGAUUGAGUCCAUCACGAACACCAACAAGGUUCAGUGCUUUGAUCCUGAAGAAAAUAAAUGGACUUUGAUGGAAGUAUCCCCGUUUUGCCAGAGGUGCAUCAAUGCUGUCGAGUUGGAAGGAACCAUCUACGUGGUUGGGGGCCUUCUGAGUAGCAUUUUCAGCUUUGACCCAAAAAAGGACCAUUGGCGUGAAGUUGCCAGUCUGCCAGCCCCACUGGAAAGCUGCGGGCUGACUGUGUGUGGGGGCAAGAUCUAUAUCCUCGGCGGAAGGGACGAGAACGGGGAAGGAACCAACAAGGUCUUUACAUUUGACCCCAAGACUGGGGUGGUGGAGAUGGAGUCUCCGAUGCAGCGUUGCACUAGUUACCAUGGAUGUGUGACCAUAUUGCAGAGGUCAUAACAUGAGGGAAGGAACCCAAAUGGUCACAGAGACUUAUGAACUGAUUGCUGCACUGAGCCUUCACACAACUCUUUUAUUUACCUUUUGUAUCGUCUUAAUAUUAUCAUUGAUGACUUUAUGUGUUUUUUAACUUAUGUAAGUAAUUCUUCCUUGAACAAAAACAAUUCUUACAAAAUGUGAGCUGCACUUUCUUUCCUAAAUGUGCCCCUGCAUUAUGCAUAGCUGCACCCCUAAACCUUUGAUCCCUGAUUUCCCAUGCACCCAUAGCAGUUAUUUUACAUUUUACAAUAAUUAUACACAGUAUGGCUUUCCCAGUGUUUCACAAGAAGGGAGAACAUGCUGCACUUUGUUCAGGGCUGCGAAAACUGUUUUAAAGGCUUGCAGUUACGAAAAGUCAGGUCUGCACACUCAAAGAGACUUUUGACUCAGGUGGUAAGAUUGUAAUAUGCUUUACUAGUAAAAGGACACAAAAUAUACAACAUAAUGUUUUACAAAAAACUAGAAACAUUUUGCAUGAUAAUGGUAUACAUACCACCCUUGAGUACAGAAAAAGGCAGACAAGAAAUUACAA